AUGGACUAUCGUUUAGAGCGUCAACGACAACAUGAAAGGCGGCUGGAGGCACGUGGGGCGACCUUUAAGCCGUCUGGGAAUGCAACUACGCUCAUAUUUGUGUUUGAUGAAAAGAAGGAGCAAACCUCUACAAAGAAAUCAAGUCCUCUAAAUCGCGAAAUCCAAGCUAUCAGCGGGUCAAACAAGCUGGCUACUGACCCAAUAAUUAAACCACGCACUACAUCCCAGCAAGGCCAACAUAGCACAAAUAUCUGCGUUCCAGAUGCUACAGAAAAUACCUCUACCGCGGCUACUGAUCUCAGCCAACAAUCGCAUCCGCAAGACGAGUCCAUGGAUGACAGUGAAAAGUAA